AUGGCUGGUGUCUCUCGCUUUUCCGAGAACUUUGAACACACUCGUCUCGACUCUACCUCGUCGAACAUGGCCGACGCUCAUUAUCCGGCCCAAAAACCUCAAAAGCUCUGCCCAUCCCCCCUUUGCAACGCAGGCAAAACCAUGAGAUCACUCAUGAUGAAACCCUACCAUGGCCUCUGCGCCAUCACCCACAGCUACAAGCAACACUUGAACAUUAUGCUCAACACCAACCUCAAUACUUCCUCGAAGAGCCCAGAACUACUCAAGGGACACGACAACGUCGAAGCCGGCUCGACUGCGUACGGUCUCCGGCCUGCUUCGGAAGAGGAACUCCGCCACCAACGCGAGCGAAUCCAUAUCGACUAUGUGUUUGGUCUCGGACCGGAUGCAUAUAAUAUCACUGAUACUACUACUAUCAACAACACCACUACCACUACCACCAAGAAGGCAGCUAUGCCAGACCUCAAAUAUCGCACCUUCGAUGUGCGCGCCUGCUGGAUUCAGGCAUAUACUUCUGACACCUCGUCUGAAAUUGAAAAUAUCAACAACACUUACAACGACUACCUCUAUUCCAUCAGCGAAAACUCGAUGAUUACCACCAUCCCGGAAGAAGAUUAUUAA